AUGAAAGCAAGUCUUACAGUAUUGAAGAUAUUCUGUACAGUGUACAUAUGCAUGGUAUCUGCUACUGCAGAGAUACACCAAACUGCAAGCAGUGAUGAUAGUGAUAUAGUAGAUAGUUAUGACUUGCAUCCAGGCAGGUCUCCAUUAACUUCUAGCUCCAGUAGUGAAAAUGAAUCAGAUUAUUCCAUAAACCCAGAACUCCUAAAAGUAGCACUAGAUACUAGUAUUGUACCAUCUGGUAGACUGUGCCAAACUAUUCCUGAAGAAGGAUCACUUUCAGAAGAAGAACCACUUCCAGAAGAAAAGUCAAUUAAAGAAGAAAUAGUCAGAGAAGAAAAAGAGACGAAUAAUGCAGAAGAAAAAGAAACAAAAGAGGCAAGAAAAGAGGAGACAAAUAAUGCAGUUAAAUCAGAAAUUAAACCUACCCCUGCACCUCGCCCCAGAAAGGUCCAUAACUCUAUUAUCCUGGAUAGUCCAGAUGUUUCAGAUGAUGACACUGAAGUAGACAAGAGAAGUAGACAUGUGAAUUUUGAUGAUGCCCCAGAGAAAGAGCAGACUAAUAUAGAUUCCUUGGAGAGUUUAUUGAAAAAAAGAAGUCUUCUGAGUGAACAUAAAAAUGUGCUUAUGUUCGUAGGGGAAAGCGAGUUUCCCGUCAUAGAGUCAAAGGCACCUGUUAAGGUUCUUGUCUUCCAUAAUUGCAAGUUCACAGAAAUACCAGAAAUAAUAUAUACAUUCACUGAGUUAUAUUCCCUUACAUUUGUAGGGUGCGCAAUUAAAAAGCUUCCAGAAGAAAUGCACAGAUUUCCAAAUCUAUCAAAGGUCCAGGUUACGAAUUGCAUUGACCUAAAGGCCUUACCGCCUCUUCUCUUUGAGUGUCCCCAGCUAACUGACCUGUCGGUAACAGGAUGCAGCCUAACAUCCCUUCCAGACCAUAUAGGAGUGGCAGAGCUAAUUCACUUAAACGUAAGCAACAACAAAAUAACAGCACUCCCAGAUACAAUAUCCAGCCUAGCCAAACUAGUAACACUUAAUGCUUCCGGGAACCAGCUUACAUAUCUGCCGAAUAAUCUGCCUGACUUAAUUUCCCUAAGGGUGAUUGACUUGUCGCACAACAAGAUCGCCUUUACAAAAAAAGAUAACAAAAUAUUCAGUGCAAUACUUGAAGUAAUCCCAAAGGAGUACUACUUGCACUCACAAGGCAGGGAAAAGAUCAUCAAAGAGUCUAUCCCUCUGCCUAGGCUGGAGGUUGCAAAUCUUUCACAUAAUAAGCUUGAAUACAUUCCAUGCAUAUUCUUUGUAUCCGACUACAUUAAGAAUCUUGACUUUUCGCACAAUCAAAUAGAAACAGUUGAUAGACUAGCAGACUAUUUGCUAAGAAGCCAAGGAUUCAACUAUUUAGAUCUAAGGGAAAAUCCUUAUCUCCAGGAAUAUGGAAAUAUGCUUGAUGAAAUUGGUUUCAGAGAGUUAUUCUGGCUGUUCAACAGGAAGGUUCUUCUUUCAAAUAGCACCCUGGAUAUACUAUCUGCACCAAUUACAAAAGCAGAUGCAUAUGAUAUUUUGACCAUAAGGACACUUGAGGAUAACCUAUGGAACUUCAGUAAAGUCAAAAGAAUAAGGGAAAGGUCUAUGGUGAAAUUUGAAAAGGAAAAAGACCCAGCACACUUCCAGGAAUGUGCACUAAGAUAUAAGAUAAAUGAGUAUCUUUUGACAAUCAAGCAGAAUGUCGCAUCUUCUUUGUUCUCGUUCCCUGUGUACUCGAAUAGUUCGAAUGUGCUUGGUCUAGGGCGGUAUUGGUCCUACGUUAUGGAAGAUGAAAUAGGCCCAGGGAACAGCAAAAUAUGGGCCUGGAUGGGACCUCCAUAUCCAUAUGAAGUAAAGGGCCUGGAGGACCCGUUCUUUCAGUCAAUAGGAAAUGCAAUUCUUGCAUUCUACACUAGAUUUACUGUCAGAGUGGCUGCAGAUUACAUUCGAAAUAAAAUCAACGCAGAGCCAACGGCCGUUAAGGCAGUUAUUCGAUAUGUGCACUAUAAUCAUGCAGAGCACAAAUAUGCAAGCCUAUUUACGUACAACCCAGAGCCCAUGGUAUAUGCUGAAAUAAGCACAGAGUGUGCUAUUCUGCUUCUGAAAACCUUUGACUACAUCUCAUGA